AUGGCGGCCGUUCUUCCCGCUAGAACAGACAAGGGCCGCUCUUGUAGAGCGAAAGCUUUUAUUUUGCAGAGCGAAAGCUUUUAUUCGUAAUAUGCCGCAAAUCGGCUGACAGCUUCCUGGUCUGCUCUCAAAAAAUAAGGAAAUGAAAAAAUGUGCGUGAUCCGGAUGUCUGCAGUGGAUUUACACUUCGCGGCCGAAAAAGGGAAAAAGCCCACAACAGCCUGACAAAUUCUACACCUGAAAGAAUUGAAAAGGGCGCAUUUAGAUAUUCAUUUUCAUAGAAAGCUGCUAUGUUUUUUUUUUCAAUUUGACCACAGAAAGUACAGAAUCAUUCAACAUAUGACAACACUUUCAAGAGGAGGCAAAUAUGGGUGCUACCCAGGACCUUUACCCAUAAUGUCUUUUAUAAAGGUGUGCAACAUGUGAAACUGCCAGCAGACAGUCAAAAAAGCCUCGCAUACACGACUGCAGACUCAACUGGGAAGGCUCGUCAAAAGCUAUGGAAGCUGAUGUUUGUGUUUAUCUAGUCAAAAGGUAAUUAGUAACCAGGUAUGCUAUAAUAAAAUAAAAAAUAAAAUAAUAAUUAUAACAAUAGUUAUUAAAAUGUUAAAUUCGCAGUUUUAUUGCUCCAAAGAGAGACUUGUGGAAUCUUUUCUUAUGAUAUCAAUGUUACAGUAAUGACACUUGAACUAUGAACAGUGGAAAGUCUUACGGUACCUAACACCCUUGGUAAUAAUGAUUGAAAAUUUGACAAGAAAGCCAACAUAAAAAUGCACCUAUAUUUUUGAAUAUGGGUAUGUUAAAAAUGCAAAAAAGAAAAUACUUUAAGAUAAUGCCUAGGUGUAGUUUGAAUGCCCUCACUUUUUAUAGCACAAAAUGUUAUUUUUGUGGUUUCACACUGCUUAACAGUUGUGAAGAAAAAAAUGCAGUUGUAUCUGUUCUUGUUGGGGAUGAUGAUUCAUCCACCAUUAGCAAAGUGAGGAAAAAUGUCAAACACGAGGUUGAAAAAUGGUCAGAUGUAGUCCAUGCUAAAAGAUCCUUUGGUAGUUCACUGUACAGCAUCAAAACCCAAAACAGAAGCCUGACAGAUAUGGUGGUAUGGUAUUUCCAGUGAUGCUUUGGUUACACACUAAAGCAGAAUAAGGAUGAUGAAGAAGGUGUGCAAAAUGGUCUGAAGUCUAUUGUACCCCAUGCUUAUGGUGACCAUUCUUCCUGUGGCAACUGGUGUGGCUACUUAAAAAAUCCUGCAUCCUACAAACACACAGGCCUUCCCUGUGGCAAGGAUCUGACAGACAAAAGCUUGAGGCAGUCCCUGGGAAAGAUCAUAGAAGUAAGUACAGUGUACAUGCAUGGUGGCACAGCUCACUCCUCACAAAUUCCCAAUUCCCAACAUUUUACAUGUAGUAGAGGAACACAAAUCUAUGAAAAUAGUGUUAGUGCUUAUGAAUGUAUUCUAAAUAAUAACUUCAAGGGAUAAAGCUAUAAGUGUUAGGGGACUAUCAACCUCUUUCUUAGUUUCACAAGCUUUAUGAGAUACCAAAUUUUAGUGAAAAAACUGUUUGCUUCUUCAAUUUAGGUUUAUGCUUCAAAUGCCAAGAAGCUAGCUCCCCUUGGGUCAAGCCAGGCAAAUGAAGCACUCCACAACACUAAAGGAAGCAAAGCUCCAAAGAUCAGACACUACAGAUCUAGCAAAAACAAUGACUUCUGUGUUGCAUGUGCUGUUGGCCAAAAGAACUUAGGCCAUUCUUAUGUUUCUCAGCUGAGCAGAUAUAAUAUUAUGAGCAUUUUGUACACUUCCCAAUUUGUGAGAUCCAUUGAACAUUAAACAUUAACCAAUGUGUCCAGUGUUAUACUACCAGUACCUAUUGCAUAUUAUGAGUCACAAAAAAAAACAAAUAAUAAAACACUAUAUUAUAACUUAGAAUAUUGUUUUCCCUAAGACUAGUGAAUUUCUUUUAGGCUUUUAUGAAGACACAACUAUCUCCAGGUUCCAAUUCUUUAAAGUUAGCAAAGAAAAUGGACAAGAGAAUUCUAAGUUUGAAAGAGAAACAGAAAACAAGAGAGUACAAGAAGAAAAGAAUUGAGAAGAAAGAGAAGUGGUUGAAAAAGACAAAACAGCUUGAGAUCAGAGAAGGACAACAGUAUAGUUCUGGAAUGGGCUUCGAUGGACACAAUGCCGCUCAGGAAAUUCCAGCACCACCUGCAGCCUCAAAGAUUGAGAAAGUAUCAUUAACCAAAGACUACCAUCAAAUCAUAUUUGAUUUAGAAACAUCCAGAAGGGGGUAAUUAGCUUUGCAGGGUGGAGUUCAGCAAAAAAGUAACAAAGUGAAUAUAACCAUGUUUGUCUUAGCAGGGUAUUUCUGAAUUACACAUUAGAGAAUAAUUAUAUUUAAUCACGGAAUUGUUGUUCUAUUUUGCUAAAUUGCUGAAGACUUAUCCUGCUACUUUGCAUCACAUAGAUUCCUUUGUUUUAUCAUGCCUUGUUCUUAAAGAAAAUAGGCGAGAUGUGAAUUAGAAGGAGAGGUAUUCAGUAAUUGCUCCUUCUAUUCUUAUUUUAUAUAUAACCUGCAUAGAUGCACUUAGCUUUUUUAUUACAUUUUUCCUUGUAAUAUCUUUGUAAAGUAAUAAUUGGAUUACAAUAUCUUAAAAAAUUUGUUUAUCUUUGUUUUGUUAUCAGGUAAUGAUGCCAAAAUCCUACAAAUUACAGCAACAGAUGGUAAAGAUGAGUUCUUUAUUUAUGUCAAGCCUUAUCAUAUAAUAUCACCAGAAGCAUCUGAUGUGAACAAACUCACCUUCCAAAGAGGAAUGCUGUUUCAUGAUGGGAAGCCAAUUACUGAUGCCAUUGCAAUUGAUGUGACCCUGCAGAACUUCAUUGAGUGGCUGAAAUCAAGAAUGCCUUGCAUUUUAGUUGCGUACAAUUGCAAGUCCUUUGAUGCCAGGUUCUUGGUACAAGCAGCAGAGAAAAAUGGAGUCAUGGAUGACUUAGCUAAAACUGUUUCUGGCUUUACAGACUCUAUUCCAGCAUUCAGGGAAUUGCCUCCUGAAAGGAAAUCCCAUAGCCAGGAAAACCUUGUACAAGAUCUCCUGUGUAAAUCCUAUGAAGCUCACAAUGCUCUUGCAAAUGUGCAAAUACUCUACCAGCUGGUGAACAAGUUUCUAAAUGUCAAACUGCUACAAAAGCAGAGUUUCAAAGUUUCAUGGGUGACAUCCUAUCAAAAGCUCCUAAAAGAAAAGAAACUUCUGGUUAAUACCCCACAGCCAUUAGUCAGAGAUAAGUACAUUUCAGCCUCAAUGGCCAUUAAGUGUGCAAGCUCAGGUUUGGGUCUCCAUCACCUACAAGCGGUGUAA